AGGGAGGGAGGGAAAAAGAGAGCGAGAGAGGGGGCACUGUGGACUGGAUCAGAUGUAGGGGGAAAGUAGACAGAAGUUUGACAUACUUAAGACAAAGACCAUAGCAAGUCUGAAUUGAGCCAUUUACAGCAGCUGAGGAAGGAGCAUCUCUGUGCUACUGCAUCACAGCAGAACACAAAUUUGAGGUUACAUGUGGAAAGUAAAACAGACUCUAGGGCAUAAUCGGCUCCACUGACAGCUCUGGAUAGCGAGAAAAGCUGCAACAAUCUGGAGGAGGAACAGCAAGACACCCACCAGGCCCCACAACACAACUUCACCAUGAGUAUGACUGGUAGUCUAGAGAAGGGGGCCCACCAUCAGGUCUUGGACCUGUCUGAGGAGCUGCCGCCUCAUCACCACCUUCAUCAUCAUCACACCAAUCUCAACCAGAAUCUCAACCACUCCAGCUCUCUGGCCUCCACCACCGCUGUGGGUGGAGGCAGAGAAACGCUUUCACGUGUGGUCAUACCUCCUCCUUACUCUGCAGCUGAGAGCGGUGGUGGGGGCAGUGAAGGUCCUCUGGAGCUGAGGGGGUCCCUGGACUGCUGGGCCUGCUCGGUGCUGGUGACCGCUCAGAACCUGGUGAUUGCCGCGGUCAACGCCUGCCUCGUUGGACUGGUAUUCGGGACCAUCCUGACACCAGCCACCGUCAUGGUGGUGUUUGGCUUCCUGUGCCACUCUACAGUCCGCCCUCAUGGGACAACCCCUUACUGUUCAGACCUGCUGACUGACAGAGGCUGCGUGGCUCUGCUGGUGGUGGGUUUCCUCUUGGUCACCCCUUUGUUGGUCCUGGCGCUGGCUGCGUACUGUCGCCUGGCCCGACACCUCCAGCUGGGCCUGUGCUUCAUCCCGUAUAGCCGCGCCGUGUACAAGAACCUGCCAGCCACCCAGCAUCGUGGCCUGGGCACUGGCUGUUGCGGCGGCCGAGAUGAAGCUGACAGCAGUGGGAAGGGAAAAGUCUGGGUUUAAGAGAGGACAGAGAGGUGAAAACCUUUAGAUGAAGUAUAAGCAGGCAAUUGAACAAAAAUGACUGGAGUGGUGAUUAUGGGAAUAAGGGCUGGGGAUAUAAGGAAGAGCAAAAUGUGCACCAGACAGGAGGAAGCUACAAAUGGCAGUCACUAUAACAACCAGCUGAACACCUGAAAAACAAGUUACAUUGUUAAAAGUAAUGACUAACAGCUAACUUCCAUACCUUAACAUCAUUACUGAUUGUUCAGAAAAUACCUACUGAGGAAUUUGUUGGUUUAAUCCACUGGACACAGACUGGUAACAGAAUUUUAACCAUUUCAAGUCAGUAGAUUACAGCAAGUGUGAAUCUGUAAAUCAGCAGUUAAUUAAAAUAAUCAAAGAUGUCUAGCAAGGUGACUGCUGGAGUCAAAGAAGGGAACAAAUAAAAUCUACUUAAGUUUUUUUUUUUAAUGACAGCUUAUCUGGACUCCACAGGAUCUUACGUUUCCUGAAUGAAACACAGGAAGUAGGAGCACUGAAAAUAGCACACUUCACAAAAGCUGUUCUGACACUACAUAUAUCUAGAGCUCAUCAUGUAUGUUGUUAUGAAAAACAUCCGUUUAAUGCUUUCUGUUAAACUCUGCUAAAUCUUGCAUCAUUUCAUUUAUAAAUA